CCCUGCCCUGCCCGGCACCAUGGAGCGAGCCUGAGCCGGCGGCUCCGCGGAUCGGGGCCGCCCCUCCUGCCCCCAGCGCCAUGUCCGAGUUCCCGGCCAAAGUCCGCACCCAGACCAGCACCCCGACUGGGGCGCACGGCCCGGCCGGGAGCUGGCUCCCGGUGCUGCGCUCCCUUGCCCUGGAUCUCGGCUUCCUCCGCUCCUUCCUCGGGCUGCUCAUGAUCGUGGAGCUGGUGCUCGGCUUGCUGGUGUGGGCUCUUAUUGCCAGUACGUUUUACCAACCCAUUCCAGCAUACGGCUGGGUGAUGUUCGUAGCCAUCUUUUUCUGGCUGGUAACAGUCAUUCUGUUUGUGAUGUAUCUACUGCAGCUUCAGAGGAAGCUCUACAUGAUCCCCUGGCCUGUUGUGUUAGUGAUAUUCAACACGGCUGCGACUGUCCUGUACGUGACUGCGUUUAUUACGUGCUCCGCCGCCGUUCAGGCUCAUGUCUGGCUACCCGGGGACUACAAUAAAAGAGCAGCUGCAUCAUUCUUUGCCUGCAUUGUGAUGAUAGCCUAUGGGGCAAGCACUUUCUUCAGCUUCCAGGCAUGGAAAGGAUUUGGCAGCAAUGCAGCAACCAGUCAAGUAACUAACUAACCCUCCCGCCGCUGCACUGGGUCUCUUGAAGGCAGUUUACCAUUGACGGGGUAGGGGCGGGAGGGCUCACUGGAUUUGCAUUGAGCGAGGGAGCCUCUCAUUCAAAUCAGCCUAGGUCAGUAGUGGCUGAAAAUCAUUACUGGCCAAUAGCUGUUUGGUGGCCUACAUGAGAGCUGACACGUGGAUUUUAAUGCAGUUUACAGUGGAUAAGUGUCCACAGCACAAAACCCACCACAACUGGCAUCCUUGUAUGGUGAAAGACUGACUUGGGAGACUGAAGUCCCUGGAAUUGGUGUCUUCUUGUCAAAGUAGCUUAGGGCAGGGGUUCUCACCUUUUUCUUUCUGAGACCCUCCGCAACAUGCUAUAAAACCUUCACAGCCCACCAGUGCCCCAAUAACUGUUUUUCUGCAUAUAAAAGCCCAGGCCGGUCUUAGAAAGCAGCAAAUGGCAAUUGCCCAGGGCCCCUAAGCUGCUCAGGCUUUGGCUUCAGCCCCAGAUGGGCCCUGGGCUUCAGCCCUGCACAGCAGGGUUUUGGCUUUCUGCCCUGGACCCCAGUGAGUAACAUUAGACCUGCUUGGCAGACCACCUGAAAUCUGCUCACAGCCCCCCCCCCCCCCCAGGGGGCUCCAGACCCCUGGCUGAGAACCACUGGCUUAGAGGAAGUGUAUCCAUGCCCUGCCUAUGGCGCAGUAGUUCUGCCGUCCAGAAGACUUCAGUCACCAGGGCUGGUCAAUCCAGCACAUUUCACUGGCACUAAAUUCACUGAAAAUCAAACCAAGACUCCUCCCCCAGCCACUUGCAGCUCUAAUGUAAAUAAUGAAAAAUUAACUCUUUGGUUGAAGCAAUGGCAGAGUUGUGGGAAUGGAAGCUAGGCGAUGGUACGAAAUUGCAACCAUUAUUAUAUUGAUUUCUAAAAUUUGAAGUACAAGUUGUAUGUUAUAAAUAAAAAUCUUUCUAAAUCCAA